UCUUUGGGAAUUCACAUGCCAAGCUCAAGCUCAAGCUCCACCCACCCGGCGCUCUUUUAUACGGAAAUCGAGCGUACAAUCGGAGGCGUGACUGUAUCUGUAUAUAAACUUCCUGGUUUGAGCACAGCUUACAAGUUUGACUCCACAUAUUUACUGGAAGGAACUCCAAUAAAUUCAUCAGAAACAUUCAUCCUCAAAGGUGCAAAGAUGAACCACUGUGGUCUGCUAACUGCCAAGAAGGAACCAGUUCCUCUGAAGAGCAUCGAAGUGGAGCUGGAGGUGAGGGACCAUGUGGCUACAGUGGUCUCCACUCUGCUCUAUGAGAACAAGGAGGACAAACCACUGGAGGCUGUUUUUGUCUUCCCUCUGCCUGGAGAUGCUGCUGUCUGUCAUUUCAGUGCUAAGAUUGGACAAACACAGAUUGUAGCUGAGGUGAAGGAGAAACAGAAGGCUCAUGAGGAGUAUGAUGAUGCAUUGAGCUCCGGUCAGCAGGCCUUCCUAUUGGAGGAGAGUGAUCAGAGCCCGGAUAUAUUCUCUCUGAGUGUGGGCAGUCUGCCUCCAGGAGAGAGCGCCUCCAUCAGACUGGAGUACGUCACUGAGCUGGCUGUGCAGGCUGAUGACGGGCUGAGGUUUUGUCUGCCUGCUGUGCUCAACCCUCGCUACCAACCUCAGGGUAGUGAAGGUGGCAGCGUCCAGGUGACAUCUGUUCCAGCCUCUCUGGUGCCCUACAGUCUGUCUUUCUCUGCCCGGGUGUCUUCUCCUCAUCCAAUCUCUAAAGUAGAGUCUAAGUGUUCCCUGGACCCUCUCCAGUACCUCAACACAGAGCAAACUCAGGCCACGGUCAAGUUGGCUGCAGGACACAAGUUCGACAGGGAUGUUGAACUGUUGAUUUAUUACAAAGACGCCCACCAGCCCACUGCUGUGGUGGAGGCAGGACAGGCCUCUGCCAAGCCUGGCACUCUGAUGGGUGAUCCAGUGGUGAUGCUGAGCCUGUACCCUGAAUUCCCCCAGGCUGUGAUGUCUUCAGUCGCCUCAUGUGGAGAGUUUGUGUUCUUGAUUGAUCGAUCUGGAAGUAUGGAUUGUCCUAUGGAUAACCGCAACCAGAAAGAGACUCGCAUUGGCAGUGCCAGGGAUACUCUACUGCUCCUGCUGAAAAGUUUACCAAUGGGCUGCUACUUCAACAUCUACAGUUUCGGGUCCAGUUAUCAACACAUCUUCCCUAAGAGUGUGGAGUACAGUGAGAAGACUAUGGAAGAGGCUCUGAAGAAAGUUGAGAAGAUGGACGCUGAUCUGGGAGGAACAGAGAUCCUGGAGCCCCUCAAACACAUUUACAGCCAGCCCUGCGUUCCCAGUCAACCAAGACAACUGUUUGUCUUUACUGACGGCGAGGUGGGGAACACCAAAGAAGUUAUAAAUCUGGUGAGGGACAACUCAGGCUCCCACAGGUGUUUCUCUUUUGGGAUCGGGGAAGGAGCCAGCUCUGCUCUUAUCAAUGGGUUGGCCAAGGAAGGAGGAGGUCACGCUCAGUUCAUCACAGGAACUGACAGGAUGCAACCAAAAGUGAUGCAGUCGCUGCGAUUUGCUCUGCAGCCAGCUGUAGUGGACAUCUCAGUCACAUGGGAUUUACCAAAGGCAGUGUCUGUCACUGUCCUCUCUCCACCCAUCACAACAAUUUUCCAGGGUCAAAGGUCACUGGUUUAUGCUCAGCUCACUGGACAGAGUCCAGAGGCAGCAGAGGGCUGUGUGACGGUGAAGUACAGCCUGGCAGGUCAUCCAUCCCAGAACCAGCUUCGCUUCAGUCUCAAACCUGCAGAGGACACUGGACUAACAGUCCACAGGUUGGGUGCUCGGACUCUGAUUCGCUCCCUUGAGAUGGAAGAGAGAGAGCGCAGAGGACAGCAAGAUGGACGAGUGAAGCAGAAGGUGGUGGAGCUCAGUGUCCAAUCAGGAGUGAGCAGUUCCUUCACCGCCUUCAUUGCUGUCAAUAAAAGUGAUAGCAAGGCGAUUCAAGGACCUCUGUUGCGCAGAAAUGUUCCAGCACCCAUGAUGAUGAUGAUGAGCUGUGGUAUGCCGGCAAGACUUCAGAGGUGUGCUGCUCCACCCAUGAGAAAUUUGUUGACGGGCUGUAGUAAGUCGGCUGCUCCACCCAUGAGAAAAUUCAUGAUGGGGAGGGCCGUGCCACAGAGUUUGUCUACGCAGAGUUGUGAUUUUGCUGCUCCAGUCAUUAGAAGUGGUUUUGAUGAUGGUAGUUGGGAAGCAGAGCGAUAUAGUCUGGGAGAGUGCUGUGACGAAGGUGAUGAAAGUGAUGAAAGUGACAAAAGUGAGAGAGCUCUGUCGUGCUCAGGCUCCUUUGAUAACAGUUUUGAAGCCACCAUGCCCAAGCAGCCUCGCAGAGACCCUUUGCUGCAGUUGGUGUCCCUCCAGAAGGCGUCUGGUUGCUGGUUGCUUGAACCAGCUCUGGCUGCUGCACUGGGAAAGACCAGCGAGGAGGUGGAAAACCCCAAACCUUCAGCGGUGAACAAGGAAGUGUGGGCCACCAUUCUGGCUCUGAUCUGGCUUCAUGGUUUCAAGUCAGAUGUUCAGGAUGAAUGGGAGCUUCUGGCUAUGAAGGCUGCAUCAUGGCUCUGUGCUCAGAAGGCACCAUGUGUGACAGAGUGUGUGGAAGCUGGAAAUGCACUGCUGGGUUGCAAGGUGCAGAAAGAUUCACUGGGGAUUUGAGGUUUUUGUUAAACUGGCUUUUCCUUCCAGAUUGGUACAUAGGAGCAGAUUUACUCCAUCCUGCAUUUACUUCAUCAACAUUGAAUGUUACUACUUUGCACUUUCUACUUUUAUGAUAUCUUGUGCCUUAGUAUAUUUGCCCUGUGCUUCAUCCAUCCAGGAUCAGCCAUGUAACAAGACAGAAUUGUUUUCUGUGUCAGUGCUUUAAUGUUGCUUUGUAUCAGAAAUGGUUUCUUGUUCCAGAAAAUUAAAGUUGAAUCUUUGGACCUGAAA